UCUGUAAACUUGUCCUUUGGCUUGGCAUUUGCAGAACCAGUUCUUUUAAAAAGCAGAGGGAGCUCAGCACCGCGUCCGCAGAAGAAGAUGGGCGGCUGUUCGAUUCUGGUGGGCCUUCUGCUGGCCAGCAGCUUUUCCUUCAGUAAAGCGUGCCCUAAUGAACUUCUGGAGAACGUGGAUUUUCCCGGAUCAGACAUAGCGUCUCUCCAGUCUCCUAGCGUGGAGCACUGUCAGCAGCUGUGCACUCAGCACCCCGCCUGCCUCUUCUUCACCUUCAUCAGGUCCGACUGGACCAGAGACGACAGGCACUUUUCCUGCUUCCUCAAAUCCACCCCCUCCGGGCAGCCAUCUUCCCAAGCUCCUCUUUUGGGCGUCACCUCUGGCUUUUCUCUCAAGUCCUGCAAUCCAGACCCAAGGCCUUGUUUUUCGCAGGUCUUCCAGGACGUGGAUUUUGUUGGCGCAGACUACAGAGCCUUGUUCACGCCUGACUACCAGGAGUGCCAGAGAGUCUGCACACAGGAUCCUGGCUGUCAGUUCUUUACUUUUUUAAAUGGGGAGUUCACAGACCAAAACUUCAGAUUCAAGUGCCACCUUAAGUUUAGCUGGAGUGUCCCACGGACUCCUAUUGUGGAAAAAAAGGCUGGAGUCACAUCUGGAUUUGCCCAAAAAACCCAACAGACUCAAGAUCUUGACACACCAUGUCAGAACCAGUUUUUUGCAAACACCAACAUCCCGGGAAGCGACCUUGAGCAGGAGCAGUCUGUUUCCGUUGAACACUGUCAAGUCCUGUGUUCAGCUCAUCCAAAGUGCACCUACUUCUCCUACAGCAGCGAUGACUUCAAAUGCUAUUUGAAGAACAACCUCAACGACUUGGCAGCUACGCCAAAAGACGGAGUCACGUCAGGCAUACCGGCACACUUCUGUCAGCUUGAUGACACGUGGGUCAAGCAGAGCUAUGAAGGUGUGGAUUUCCGUGGCUCCGACAUUCGAUUCGAGCUGAUGGAUACGGCGGAGCUCUGUCAGUCGAAAUGUGACGAGGAUCCCAGCUGCCAGUUCUACGCCUACGUCGAUGAAAGCUUCUCUGACCGUGCAGAGUGGCGUCGCUGCUUUCUGAAGAGGGUCAUCACCAUGCCGGCUCCUCCCAAAGUUUCCAAACUGGCCAAUGUUGUGUCUGGCUUCAGCCUGAGGGACUGCAGAAAAUAACUUGUUUAAAAAGACAGAAAGCUUUCAGAAAUAAACUUUAAUUUUCUUUUGAUGGAAAUUUUUUGUUACCUUCAGACAAAGAUAUAUAUAGCCUAUAUAUAUAUAUUUUUUUGCUAAAGGUUUUGUUUUGAUUUCUUGGCACAUUUUUAACAAGACUGAUUGUGAAAAGGUUAGCAAUAGUUACAAUGUUUGUGCAGUUUUGGUCAGGAAAUGGGUUAUAAUAGUGUUCCAAAUACAUCUUUCCUACCAGCUUACUUAAAAAGGAUGUUUGCGUGCUUCAGUUGGAUGCAAAAGUCUAAGUUUGGACAGAUAAGAAAAUAAUAACUCAAAAAGUCACAUAGGCUGUUUUCACAUCCCCUAGCUGUGGAAAUAUCCAGUCAUUAUAAAUUGAGCCAAAACAACAAAUCAAGGGAAGGGACACCAUUGGCUGAAAUUUCCAAAUAUACGCCAAUAUGUGUUACGUCCUAUAAAAGUUUUAUAACCAUUAAAAGUUGGGAGAUUUCAUGCAUUUUGUAAGAUCUUGGAAGUUCUGUUGCAACUAUUGAAUGUGUUGAUGUGCUACAUGAUUUAGCACAUCAUUUAUUUAGAUCUGCUAAAUAAAUCUCCUCCCGAUUGGUAA